AUGUCAUCGUCUCGUGUUGCUAGCCAUCCGCCCAUUGACCUCCUGCGCCCGCCCUCGUGCCGCCGCCCAUCCCACGAAACUGGCGCCUCGCACCGUAUCUUUAUGGACGCUUCCUUUGCCCACAGUCCCAAGUCGACCUCGUACUACAGAGCGCCAGACGCCGUGCCACCGCAGGCUCUCCCCAGCGCCAUUUCCCUGUUCUUGAAGUCAGACGACCCAAAGUCCCAGGCCAGCCUCUCCUCCAUUGCCACUGCCAGCCUGCGUAAAUCCGCCUCAUCCUACAUGGACAGGUCCCGCCAACUCUCUCCGCGUAUGGCUGGCGCUGAUCGACGUGGCGAUGGGGAGCACACCCACGCUCCUGGCCAUCGCAGCAACCUGCAAGCGGCACGCGACGCCCUAGGCGCCGCCAUGGGGGUAAAUCGGGAUGACCCGAAGAAAUUCGACAGCGCCGCUUCGGGUGUGCACUCGCAGUCCACUACUGAGCCCGCUUCCCGUUCACAUCGCCGCUCUCCCAGUGAGCAACAUCGAGGACCAUCGCCACAUCGGGCAAGCCCUGCCAGUAUGCCAGAUACCUUUGGCAAUGGAGAGAACUCGGGGUCCCUGAUGAAUAGCACCACGGUUGCCAGCCCAGGACCUAUCGAGGAGGACAAUCCUCUGGAGGAAAGGUCUCACCGUAGGGAUGAAGAGGCCAUGCUGGAAGAUAGCAACAAAGCUUUUUCUUAUCCCGUACCCGUCCCCAAUCCAAAUCUAAACGAUCCCCGGCGUGGCAUGAGUCUUCCACAUUCUGGCUUAAACAAAGGAAGUCCACGGUCUCCGUCCACCAAGAAACAUCGCUGUCCUUACUGCUCUACCGAAUUUACGCGCCAUCAUAAUCUAAAAAGUCAUUUACUCACCCAUAGUCAAGAAAAGCCCUAUGUUUGUCAGACCUGCCAGUCACGUUUUAGACGAUUACACGACUUAAAACGCCAUACAAAGUUACAUACGGGCGAGCGUCCCCACAUCUGCCCCAAAUGCGGUCGCCGUUUUGCUCGAGGCGACGCGCUUGCUCGACACAACAAAGGCUCCGGCGGUUGCGCGGGACGUAGGUCUAGUAUGAGUGGCUACGGUGGCGAGGACGAUUAUGGGGAACACGGCGGCUCCGGCACUACGCACGCAGACGAUGCGAUGGAAGGCCUGAUGUACACCGAGCCCGAGCGCAUGGAUGACGACGAUGAGAGACGGCUGAGCAUACCCAGUAUCAGAAAGGACAACGUCACUCCGGAACCUCACUCCCGCAGUCGCCACGUUUCCUUUUCUUCGCAUCAAUCGAGCACGUAUCCCCCGAUAGGCGGCAAUCGCUCUCCAGGUGGCUUGCUUCCUCCCGUUUCCAGCCACGCUGGAUCAGUGUCGCCCUCGCCGAUCUCGCCAUCCUACCCCCCAGGCAGCAGCAGCUCCUCGUCGUUCAAUCCCGGUCAUCAAGGCUCAUCUCCCUCAAUAUUCGUACAAACGAACAUGACAGAAAGUCCCAAGCCACUUUCCCCCGCUGUCCUCUCGCCGCACCCGCUUGGCUCGGACUCCAACACGCUUCCUCCACCAAAUCAGCCGCAGCAGCAGCUUACCCCAGGCCAUUCCCCCAACUUAAAACCCCAGUUUCAAUCUGGACAACCGCACUUUAAUCGAAAUCGCCAAAACUCGGGGGCGUCCCUUGGCGUGCCGUCGAUAACCGGACCAGGCCCGUUGAGCCUUCCAUCCCCCCAAUCUACAACGCCGCAUCUUCCCCCUCCUCCAGGCUUGAAUCCUCCCGAGUCUCGAUUCACCCUACACAGCCAAGGACUAAACCAACAAUCCCAAGGCCCAAUCUCCUCCAUCCACUCCGUCAACAACCGUACAGACUCCCUCGGUCGUCCUUCUCACCCCCCAGUUUCAGAAAUAACCAACCCCGAUAGUAGUAAUAUUAAUCAUAAUAUGUUUUCGCAGCAGCGACAAGCGUCCCUUCCGAGCGUGGGUCUCGGCAUUCCGCCCAACGAUCGGAUGUGGGAAUAUGUGCGGUCUCUGGAGUCUCGGAUGAAUGGUCUAGAGGCAGAAGUUGGACGGUUACGGGAGCAACUCGCUGGUAAUGGCACGUCCGGUACUAAUGGAGCGUAA